UCUGCCCGCAGGUUCCCCUCCUCGCUGUGCGUGGGGCUGGGCCAGAUGCUGGCGACGGUGGCGGUGCUGUGGGCGGGCAAGGCGCUGCGGGUAGUCAAGUUCCCUGACCUCGACAGACAUGUCCCCCGGCGGACGUUUCCUCUACCUCUUCUGUACUUCGGUAACCAGAUCACGGGACUGUUCAGCACAAAGAAACUGAACCUGCCGAUGUUCACCGUCCUGCGAAGGUUUUCCAUCCUGUUUACCAUGUUUGCCGAAGGAUUCUUACUCAAGAAGAAGUUUUCUUGGAGUAUUCAGAUGACAGUAUUUGCCAUGAUCAUCGGUGCGUUCGUAGCUGCUAGUGCUGACUUGGCAUUCGAUCUGGAAGGAUAUAUUUUCAUCCUUAUUAACGACGCCUUAACAGCUGCAAACGGUGCCUACGUGAAACAGAAGCUGGAUUCGAAGGAGCUGGGAAAAUACGGUCUGCUCUAUUACAAUGCACUGUUUAUGAUCCUUCCCACCUUGACCAUUGCCUACUUCACCGGAGAUGCACAGAAG